CAUUAGUAUAAGUUUUGCACGGUCCAUUGAUAAUAAGAGAUGCAAACUUCUGGAGAACUUAUACAGUUUUUUCCAGUAUCUAGUGCAUUACAGCAUACAGUCAUGGCAGAACAAGUAGCAGAAACCGUUGUGAAAGUGAGGAGAACGAGUAUGGUAAAACCGGCCAUCCCACCUCCGGCGAAGACCCUGUUCCUCUCUAACCUUGAUCUAUUUUGGAUACGCUUCGACAGCGUUCAAGUCUUUUUCUUCUACAAACUCUCUCCUGUAAUCGAAUACACUUCAUUAAUACAAGGCCUAAAGAAAAGCCUCUCCUCAAUUCUAGUGUAUUUCUAUCCUUUAGCUGGUCGGUUGAAAAAUGGUGAAGCGGGCAGAGCAGAGAUCGAUUGCACCGAUGGAGGAGUGGAAUUUAAGGAGGCGUCGAUCAGUGUACCGUUCGAAGAAUUGGAAAAAGAUGGGUUUUUGCGUAAACCCUUUUACCCAAAGCUUGCUCCCGAGGUGGAUCCCUCUGCGUAUGAAAAAUAUAGUAGACCUCUUGUAUCAAUACAGGUCACAGCAUUUGAUGGAGGAGGAAUUUGUAUCGGAACCAGGGUUCAUCACGUUAUAGCGGAUGGAACUUCUUUCUACUAUUUCAUGAAAUCGUGGGCCGAGUGUAGCAGAGGCCUUCCCAUUGCAAAACCUCCUCAGCACGACAGAACAGUUUUCAAACGAGAAAAGAAGAACUCCCCGUCAAUUUCCUACAAAGCCCACGAUAUUGUAAGCGUUGGGAUAAAAGGGGCCAAGAUUUUCAAGUUUGUACCUGGCGAAUCACAGUCAAAGCACAAAAUGACAUCCGGUAGGGAGAACGAGGGAAAACGCGCAGACUCUCUUCAGAAAAGGGCCGAUUUGAUUUGCUCGACGUUUUGUUUCAAGGAAGAGAGAAUACAAGAGCUGAAAAAAGGAAGCAGAGCUUCGAGCUCUUUUGUUGCAGUGGCUGCCCACUUUUGGAGAUGCGUAAUGAGAGCUCGCGAGGUACCACUGGAAGAAGCUGUUUAUUUCUUAGUGAUGGUUGAUUGCAGGGGACGUGUUAAGCCGCGUCUUCUUCCAACUUAUUUUGGAAACUGCAUAUCUUUGGGUUUGGCGCAGACUAGAGCCCGCACACUCAUCAAUACCGACAUCUCCUUCGCUGCGGAUGUUAUCCAGCAAGCCAUCAGUUCUUGCACUGAGGAAGCACAGAUCAAUCAUCUGAUUGAGUGGGUUGAAUCCUGUAACGGAAAUUUUCUCAGUGAAGCCGGGUGGGAGUACGGAACUAAGGCGGUGGGUUCUCCAACAUUUCCAGUGUACGACAUGGACUAUGGAUGGGGGAAGCCUGUGGAUGUGCAGAAAGCAGACGUGAAGGAUAUUGGAGAAAUGGUUUUGACACCUCCAAAAGAUGGAGGAAAAAGCAUUAUGGUCUCAACCUACCUUCCUGAACACCAGAUGGACCUCUUACAUCACCUUCUCUUUUCAGAAAGAGUUAAUCUAUCGCCUAAGUUGUAAAGGGAAGGUUGAAUAGGGCCAGCCUUAAACCCCACACAGUAAGUAACAAUAUAUUAAGUCUAAAAAAUAUCGGUUAAUUUUGAGUGUUAACAUUUUUAAGUCUAGAAGUCAAAUCUUAGUGUGUGAUUUAAGCCGUCCAAUUGAAUAGUGUCUUUCUUCACACACAUGGAUAGCCCAUCAAUCAUAUUUUGAUGUUAUUUGUUCAUGUGACUCACUUUUACACUUUACCUACCACUUGUAUUAGUGUUGGGAAAGGAAAUCAUUUUGGUAGUAAAGUUCUUUUUAGAUAGCUUGCCACUUUUAUAAAGUUAUGUUUUUCUUA